CAGGAUACAGUGGGAAAGGCCAAAAAAGAAAGCCUGCCUCUGUGGUGGAGAUCCCCCCACAAAAAACGGAAGAAAAAGAGUAAAGCAAGAGCAGGAAGACCAGAUUUUACUAGUAUUCCAAGCAGGUGAAGAAACCUUGAACUGACAAGAAAAGAGCUGGCUCUUGUCCUAUAAUAGUAUCUAAAUCAAUUAGCAAGACAUUAAUAAAAACCAAUAUAUUAGGUUGUUUUCAGAUUUUUCUGUAAAUCUUUGUGGAUGGAAAAAUGUUUAUCACAUAGCAAAAUAAACAAGUCAAUUUAAUAGAGCUGUUAAAUAUAUUCAGUAAUUUUCAGAGGCUCUGUGGAUGUGAACUUCUAUUGAAAUCAUCUGGAAUGAAAUAAGUCAAAUGGCUUCAAUAGGCAAUUGUUCCUGGACUGUCUGGAAAAUACUAUUCAACAUGAAGGCUGCGGUAUCUACUGGUAGAUAUGCAGAAUAUACAAGAACAUUCUGCCUUGUUGGGUCGAUUACUGCUUCUCAAGGUUUUUCAAUAUGCCUUCUUAUUAUCACUCAAGAUGUCCCUAGUGUGUUGGGUCCUUUUAAAUUUUAAUACUUUAAGGUUUUUGCCAUAUUUGGUACUAUUAUUCAGCAUGUAUUAUGCAUGCCGAAAAUCCACAGCAGUCAUACCAUUGGCUAGAAAGCCAAGAACCUUAUCUUGGCACUACAAAGUAUUAGCAUUGCAAUUGGAAUCUGAAUUGGGAAUCAAGUUUGUAGCAGGAUAUUGAACAGCAUCAUUCACACUCAUAAAUUCCACAUGAAUUUUAAUCAUGCCACGUAAUAAAAAGCAAUGUAGUAAUUAAAUCCAAAUUGAUUUUGAGAUUUUCUCCAAAUUUAGUUAACCACUUGAAUUUAUUCAUAGAACUACUCAAAACUUUAUUGGUAUUGAGCUUUUGACCAAUGGAAUUUGUGUACAGGAUCUGUGCAUUAAAUAUAUUGCUUUCUCUGGUGGUGAUAGUCGCUGGGCCACAGGGCUGCUGUGCCCCCCUUCCUCAGAGCAACAGUAAUACUUGACCAUAUUUUGGAGAAUUGUCUGUAAUGUUUGAGCUUGAUCUCCCUGACUUGCCUGCUUUUAUUGAACAAAAAGUCUAAAAUGGGAGUAUAAAGAUAGAUGUAUAGGUUGGAAAAGUAGUAAGUUUAGGCUCUUGAUGCCUACAUAGGUUAUCCUACAUAUAAAUCCUAUAAGCAUUUAACUCAGUGUGGUGCAAACAUAGAAUGACUAAGGUGUAUCAUACCAAAGGUGCUUGCAGAGUAGAAGCUUCCAAACAAUUUGGGGUACACUUUAUCAAAGAAAGCAAUAACAACAAGUUGUUUAGCUAGAGUAAAUAGCUAAUCUGAACUGCAGAAAAAUUCUUAAAUUUUAGUUCUUUUUCUGAAUCGGAUUAAGCAUGUACCUCUGAUUUUGGUAAGACAAUAUAACUACUACACCCAAAUAGUCUUUUUAGGUUCAUGAUUUUGGUGAUAAUGAAAUAACAGCUGUAAUAAGACAUUUUGUAUGAUAUUGUGAACACAAGGAACAUUGUAGAUACUAGUAAACAGUUUGUUUAUUAAAUGUAUAUCCCACCAUUUUUCCUUUCAAAGAACUUAAGGCAAUUUACAUAAUUGUCCUCUCCUCAAUCUUACUCUCACAACUAUAACCAUGUGAAGUAGGUUGGGCUGAGUGUGUGACUGGCCCAAAGUCACACAGCUCCAUGGCUGAGUGAAGACUAGAACUUGGAUCUCCUGAAUUCUGGUCCUGCACUCUUAACAAUUGCUCCACACUUUCAUAAGUGCUUUGAGAACAGCUGUCUUGAUUCACGUGGAAAGCAUACAAGACAAUAUCCACAUAUUACCUAAUCUAGUGAUUAAAUUAGCUUUGGCCAAUUAACUGCCUUUAGGACUAAAUGUUUUUAAUAUUAAACAUUUACAUCUUGAUUACUUUGUAGUGGUAGUUUUUUGUGAGGUACCAGUCCUCAUACAAUUUAGUCUGAAGUAGAUUUUCAGAUAAAGCUGUUUGAGGAGUGUUGAUCAAACAUGACCAGACUUUGCAUUCCUCUGUAUAUGGUGCCAAUGAAUGCACCAUGCGCAAGGACAAGUAUUGGCUGGAACAAUCUUAGGCCAGAAUUUCCCAGGCAAGAAUUUGUUAGAGCAGAAUUUACCAGGCCAGAAUUUGCAAUAUUUGUAGGAGAGAUAACACCUGAGGUGGAUGAUUUCUUGCUGUAUGACUACUUUUUCAAAAGGUAUCCAUCAUGUGUAGACUGUAAAGUGGCCACCGAUCUGCUGGGAUAUUCCAGGGGAUAUGGCUUUGUCAGAUUUUCUGAUGAAGGUGAUAUGAUGAGAGCAUUGCAAGAUUGCCAGAAUGCACCUGGUCUAGGUGGAAAACGAAUCCGAUUGACUUUAGGAAUUUCAAAAAGAUUGAAAGCAGAAUUUCAGAGGUACCAGCCUUAUAGUUAUAAUGACUAUUACCAAGACUAUCAGAAUUAUUACCGUCAGUAUAAUUAUGAUAGAAAUGAACGCAUUGAUCGUUUUGAACGCUUUGACCGUUUUGAACGAGGCAGCCGUUUUGGUGAGCGUUUUCCUGACCGCUAUCCUGAGCACUUUGGUGACCGUUUCCCUGAACGUUAUGCCGAUCGUGUUGGUUCUCGUUUUGGUGAACGCUAUGGUGACUACCCUGAAUAUGGAGAUUAUCCUGAAUAUGGAGAUUAUAAUGCUGAUUAUAGUGACUACAACUACAGUUAUGCAUCCUAUGAAAGGAUGCAACCAACUGGAAAUAUGGGACAACAAACUCUGAAUCCAGCUGUAUUUCAGGAGACUUCUGCUAUGGUUAUAAAUGAUGAUCUAAUAACAGAAGAUCCACAGCUCAACAUAGAUGUUCACAGAAUGAACAGAGAAUUUAUGGUGAGAAGUGAAGAACUCUUUGACACACUUAUGAGCUGUCAUUGGCAACCUUUGGAUACAGUCACUUCCGAGAUCCCUACUGCUUUCUAAAAGUGUCUUAUGUUAACACCAUAGCAUGACUAUUAUGACCAAGGUGCUAAAUUGACAUUUCUUCUACAUUAUUUUAGAUCCCAAGUUUUAAAGCAGUGUUGGAUUUUUUUGCUAUGCUUUGAUGGCCUUUGUAAUUUUUGUUCAUCACUCAGUAUCUUGAAAUCAUGUAAAUAUUCUAGAAAUGUAAAGGGUUAGUCUAAAGAUAGACUUGACUAUGUAAAUAAUAAAACUUUGUUUCUGCAAA